CACGUGACCAUCUUUCCACCCUUCCCCCAUGAGCCUCUGUGGAUCAUCCAGAACUACCUCCUUCGGACGCAGGCCGAUUCAACGAAAAGUUGUUGUCUGCGGUGAUGGGGCUUGUGGAAAAACCUCACUCCUCAACGUCUUCACUCGAGGGUUCUUCACUCAAGUCUAUGAACCUACAGUAUUCGAAAACUACGUCCAUGACAUUUACGUUGACGAUCAGUCGGUAGAACUCAGCCUUUGGGACACUGCUGGUCAGGAGGAAUUUGACCGUUUACGGUCGUUAUCGUACGCAGAGACACAUGUCAUUAUGAUAUGCUUCUCAGUGGAUAACCCUACAUCGCUAGAGAACGUAGAGACCAAGUGGUUGGAUGAGAUUCUGGAAUACUGUCCUGGGGUCAAGCUUGUCCUCGUAGCUCUCAAAUGCGAUCUCCGAGAUGAUCGGCCAGUGAAAGAACGUCUCCAGAGAUAUGGAAAUCAUCCUGUACAGUACGAAGAAGGGUUAGCAGUCGCAAGACGGAUACGAGCGUCCAGGUAUUUAGAAUGCAGUUCUAAACACAACCGUGGCGUUACAGAGGUCUUUUAUGAAGCUGCUCGCGUCUCUUUGAGUACCAAACCAAAGGGGGCCGUUGGAACUUGCGUGAUUAUGUGAAUAUGCAUGUUCUCUUUCCUAUGUGUUGCUUUCGUUACUGGCUCACCGGGUGGCAUUAUAUCUACUAAUUUCUAAUGUUAUGAGCCCUUGCUGCAUCGUACUCUCAUACAUACCCUCAUGUACCUCCGUAUUGUAUACUAUACUGGACCGCCCGCGCA